AUGUACUCUGAACAGAGCUGGAACGAUCACCACAGCGUCUCAGGCGCACAGCGCUUUACGCGUGGCGGCGGUAUCGGUAACAUCAACCCCAGUGGUCGCGGAGGGGCUGGCGGUUACGAAGUGGGAAGCGCAGCCGCCGCAGGCGGGUACAGUAACGUCGCGGCCGCACGUCAGCAGUCUCCACAGCCCACCUCGUUUUACCCUCCUGUGACCUCUCGCUUUACUCCGAUGGACUUCGAGUUGUUUAUCAACAGCAACCGUGACCCCACCGAUGAGAUGCGCCGUUCGCAGGAGUACUACUACUGGUACCACAGCAAGCAGCCUCGAGACCCCCGCCUGCCGCAGCCGCUACCCUCUCUGGAGGUGCAGGAAACAUUCACCACCAUGGAGACGCCGUGGGAAGAUGUGAGCGCUAUGCCCUCCUCUACUGCUGUUCGCACAGGUGCGGCUAGCGGCUUGGGGCGUAAGAUGGGUGGCAAGAGUCUCGCCCUCGACGCCAAGGACCUGUGCGAAACGCAGGAGGCGCAGGCCAUCAACCCGUAUGGGCACAGCCUCAUCACCGAGAGCAACAUGAUGAGCCCCAGCACGCAGUUCUUUGCGGCGUACGCCCCAACACCACUGGCAAUGGCAACCCCCAGCACCCUCCGCGCCUACGCGCACGGCCAGUUGCCCAUGCCCUCAUCCGGCAACCGCGGCAGCUAUGAGGGCGAGAUGGCUGGCGGAGUCACGUACGGCCGCGGCUCCGGGCCCACCGCCAAGAGUAUCGCCUCACAGCAGUACUACACACAGGAGCCCAUGAACGCCUUUGGCCUCUACAACACUGGAGUGGAUCCCGGCUCCAACUACUACGACGCCACGCAGGGCAGCAGCAGCAACGGUCUUGGCGCUGGCCACGGCAAUCCAUACCAGCUGAUGGAAGGCAUGGCUGAGGUAGACCCAGCCAUGCUGUACAGCCAGCCGGGGACGGACUGCGGCUUCCAGAGUCGCGGUGCCGGCCGUGGCGGCAAUCGUCGCUACAACAACAACAGCGGUGGUGGUGGCGGUGGCGGUGGACGUGUUGGCCGCAACAACUACCGUGGCGGACGCAGUGCUGCUGGUAUGGGCAGCAUGGAGAGUGGCAGUGGCCCGAACAGCCACCGCUUUGUUGGCUCGGAGAAGCUGCGCAUUUUUCGUCACGACGUGGCCGAGCAGAAGACGUCACAGUGGCGCCUGGAGGACCUCAAGGGCUACGCUGUGGAAUUUGCCAAGGACCAGGAGGGCAGCCGCUUCAUCCAGAGUGCCGCCGACACGGCCAGUCCCGAGUCGCUGGACGUCCUCUUCCACGAGAUCUUCGAAUCCCCGCUAGAGCUGGUGACGGACAUCUUCGGCAACUACGUUCUGCAGAAGCUCUUGGAUAAGGGCAACACCCCGCAGCUCACCUUUGCUGCGGAGCGGAUGUGCGGCCACGUAGUGGAGCUCACCAUGCAGACGUACGGGUGUCGUGUGAUUCAGAAGUGUAUAGAGGUGAUGCCUGAAGCUGGCCUGGACAUCAUUCUUGCUGAGCUCAAGGACAACGUGGCAAAGUGCAUCCAAGACCAGAACGGCAACCACGUCAUCCAGAAGUGCGUCGAGGUCAUUCCACAACGGUGUGGCUUUAUUAUUUCGGCCUUCUCGGGUCGCGUGAUGGAACUGGCCACGCACGCGUACGGGUGUCGUGUGAUUCAGUGCAUCAUGCAGCACUGCCCUGAGCAGGAGGAUACCAUCUUCAACGAGCUCCUCAAGGCUGUCGAUGUGCUGGCGAAGGAUCAGUACGGUAACUACGUGAUUCAGCACGUUUUGCAGAACGUAAAAGAUGAGAGCAAGAUCGAGUCCGUCUACGCGGCGCUGAAGCCCAAGUUCUUCUACCUGAGCAAGCAGAAGUUUGCCUCGAACGUGAUGGAGAAGUUGUACGCCCGCUCGAGCCCUGCGAACCGCAUGGAGAUUGUGGAGAUGAUGUGCGCCGACUUCCCCACCAAGGCCGACCACGUGGAGAUAGUCGCCUUUAAGCGGUCCACGACAAAGACGGCGGCGAUAGUGAACGCGGAGGAGGGUACUUGGCCACCAACGAGGAGCAACGCCGAUGGCACGGUGAAAGAGGUGAAGGAGAAGAACCGUGAGGCGAAGGAUGCGGCGCUGGGCAUCAUUGAGGAGGUGGUCUCGGUGGGCCUCGGUCAGCCCAGCAUGCUCUGCCUCAUGAUGAGCGACCAGUACGCCAACUACGUGGUGCAGCGCGUCCUGGACGCGUCCGAGGUGGACCAGUUCGUUAAGCUCGUCGACAACAUCGAGAAGUAUAUUCUACCAAUUCGCACCUACACCUACGGCCGCCCCAUUGUGCAGCGGCUUUCUCGCCGCAAGCUAGUGCUCGCGCCGGGAGACGAGGCGGGAGAGGCAGUUAGCACCAGUAUGAGUAGCCACAAUCACAACGAGGGCCGUGCCAACCACGAAGGUCGCACCAACCACAACGAGGGCCGUUCUAACCACGAGGGCCGUUCUAACCACCACCGCCGCUAA